AUGGGGUCGUUUCUCUGUAUCGGAGGCGCCGCCGUUUGCGUCGCAACCACAACCAACGGAGCCUUUAUUGCUGGCCGUAUCCUCCUUGGCAUGGGCGGCGUCAUGUGCUCCUCUGUCUCGACAGUCCUCAUGACAGAAUUGGCAUAUCCAGCGCACCGCGCAACGGCGACGGCACUCAGUAGCACGACAUAUAGCGUCGGUGCCAUUCUCGCCGCAUGGGUUGCUUUCGGCAGCUUCCGCAUCGAGGAUUCAUGGUCUCCUCGAUGGCUUUGCAGCAAGGGCAAGGAACAGACGGCGCUCGAAAUUCUCACUAAGUACCACGGUGCUGGCAGCGUUGAUGACGUGGUCGUGCAGCAUGAGUACUCAGAAAUUCGUGAUACCAUCGAGGCCGAGAUCUCGCAAAACAAGAACCCCUUCCACCUCAAGGCCCUGUUUGCGACUCCAGGCAACCGAUGGCGCUCAUUUAUUAUUAUCUGGUGUGGUAUUUGCAAGCAACUCAGUGGGAAUGGCCUGAUAAAUUAUUAUACGAAUGAUCUACUGAAGAGCGUCGGCAUCACGAAACAGAUCGAGACGACACUCAUCACGGCAACGUCGCAGAUGUUCAGCUUCGCAUGCUCCUUCGUAUUUGCCUUCCUUCCUUCGCGUGUCGGUCGCCGGCCCUUAAUGUUGACCAGUAUGGCCGGUAUGUGGGUUGUGUUUGUCGUCAUCACAGCCACAACUGGAGCCUACGUUGAGACGGGCAGCCGACACGCUAGCUAUACGACCGUCGCUUUCAUUUACUUAUACAGCGGGGUUCAUAAUCUGGGAUGGACAGGCGCGCAGAUGCUAUACAUCGUCGAGAUCCUUCCUUACACUAUCCGCGCCAAAGGUAUGGCCAUGUUCUCACUUGUCGCGGGUAUUUGUGGCGCCUUCAACACUUACGUCAACCCGCUCGGCAUCGCUGCCAUGUCUUGGAAAUAUUACUUCUUCUAUGUCGGCUGGAUCAUCGUCCAAUUCGUUGUCGUGUAUCUUGUGUUUCCAGAGACCAAAGGCCCUAGCUUGGAACAGAUUGCUUUGCUCUUUGACGGAAAGGAUGCCCAAAUCGGGAGAGUUAACGCAGUGGCGGACGAGAUGCUUCAUGAAAAAGAGGGUGGUAUUUCUGUAGAGACGCGAGAGAAACAAUAG